UUAAGUCACGUUGCAGACCUCGACGAAUUUUAUCUCGAAUUCUGUAUAUAACAGAACGAGGCGUUUGAAAACAUUAUCUUAGUUCUAUAAGCAAAAUUAAUUUUAUCGUAGUCGUCAAAUGAAAUUGUUUACAAACAAUAAUUAAGAUUAUUUAUAUGGAGGCCACGGUUUAAUAUUAUUCUUGACAACAUGAAGGAAGCUCCAACUGAACAAAAUAUGUCGCAGACGCCAACACCUAAAAAACAUUUAUUAUUUUGGUUCAGGAAAGGUUUACGCCUGCAUGACAACCCUGCACUGACUACGGCUUUGGAAGGUGCAACUACAUAUCGAUGCGUUUAUAUAUUGGACCCUUGGUUUGCAGGUGCUUCACAGGUUGGGAUAAAUAAAUGGAGGUUUUUGCUGGAAAGUUUAGAGGACCUGGACAGCAGUUUGAGGAAACUCAACAGCCGGUUAUUCGUGGUCAGAGGUCAACCAGCUGAUGUCCUGCCUCGAUUGUUUCAGGAUUGGGACAUAUCAGUUUUGGCUUUUGAAGAAGAUCCUGAGCCAUAUGGCAAGGAAAGAGAUUCGGCCAUCUCGGCCAUGGCCCGUGAAUUCAACAUACAAGUUAUCUCCAAGUCAUCCCACACACUGUACGACCCUAAAGUGGUUAUAGCAGCCAAUGGCAACACCCCACCCCUGACUUACAAAAGAUUUCAGUCAAUACUCUCCAAGAUGGAGCCACCUGUACAGCCCAGUGAAACACUGACAGCCCAGAUGGUCGCAGGGGUAACAACUCCGGUUGAUGAUGAUCACGAUGACCGAUUUAAUGUACCCUCACUUGAUGAAUUAGGGUUUGACACAGACACUCUGGGACCCGCUCAGUUCCGUGGAGGAGAAUCAGAAGCUCUUGCCAGAUUGUAUCGACAUCUAGAAAGAAAGGCAUGGGUGGCCAGCUUUGAACGUCCUAAGAUGAGCCCCCAGUCAUUGUAUCCAAGUGGAACUGGACUCAGCCCGUAUCUAAGAUUUGGUUGUCUGUCUCCAAGAACAUUUUACUGGAAGCUUACAGAGUUAUAUAAAAAGGUAAAAAAAGGAACAGACCCACCUCUUGCCUUACAUGGCCAACUGCUAUGGAGAGAAUUCUUCUAUACCGUGGCCACAAACAAUCCAAACUUUGACCGCAUGGUGGGCAAUGCUAUAUGUGUACAGAUACCUUGGGAACACAACCCUGAAGCUUUGGCUAAAUGGGCUGAGGGCAUGACUGGCUUCCCCUGGAUUGAUGCCAUUAUGGUACAACUGAGGAAGGAGGGUUGGAUCCAUCACUUGGCCAGACAUGCUGUCGCCUGUUUUCUCACAAGAGGGGACCUGUGGAUUUCAUGGGAAGAAGGAAUGAAGGUGUUUGAUGAGAUGCUGCUGGACGCAGACUGGAGUGUGAAUGCUGGCAUGUGGAUGUGGCUCUCAUGCUCAGCUUUUUUUCAGCAGUUCUUCCACUGCUACUGCCCUGUUGGCUUUGGGAAGAGAGCUGACCCUUCUGGAGACUUUGUUAGACAUUAUCUGCCUCAGCUGAAAGGAUUUCCUACACAGUACAUUUAUGAGCCAUGGACAGCUCCAGAAUCUGUUCAGAAAGCUGCUAAGUGUAUCAUAGGCAAGGACUAUCCACUGCCCAUGGUGCAGCACUCAGAAGCUUGCAGAGUUAACCUUGAACGCAUGAGACAAGUGUACAAAAGACUGGUGCUUAAAUCUUCAGCAAGCAAAAGAAUGUUUCUGGAUUUACCCAAAAUUCCAAAAGUGAGUCUCUUUCUCAGCAAGGCCAAAAUGUUCCUAAGCAGCUCCUCAGAUGAAGACGUCACACAGAAACAAAGACGCAGGAAGCAAGUGGAUGAGUGAUCAUUCACAAUCAAUAAACGCCUGACCACCGGUCAUGUUGAGUGACCAGCAAGCUUGAGUUGAUAAAGCAGACACUGAUAGCCACUGCUUUGGCUUUAUAGGGCUGUCUAAGGACACAGAGUGGAACAAACAUGCUAUAUUCAGUUAAAGAACUAUCUCUUAUGUAUUAAAUAUUGUAAACAAUUAUAGAGAACUGGGCUUAAACAAUGUUGCUUGUGGAGAAUGAACCACUGUCUGAAAGAUAAUAUGUUAAACAUUGCUAAACUGUCUUAUUGAUACAUUUUGACAAACUUACUAUUAGUUCUUUUAAUAAUUCUAUCCUUUACUCACGAUUUAUUACUAAAACAUAUAAAUCAAGUUUUUUUAAAUGUUAACUAAUCUAAAACUGAAUAUUACAUACAAUAUUUGUUUAGGCUAAUGUUUUAAUUUUGACUAAAAAAUAUUUACCACAACUAAAUUCUACUUAUUUGUUUCAUGCUUUGAUCUCUCAUAGGAAAAGAAAAUGUUUCUUAAGUCUAAAUACAUGGUGAGUGUGGUGGUUUUGUACUGCUGUGUACUAACUGGGAAAUAACUGCGAUAACUAUGUACAUAUACAUCUAAUAUGAAGUUUAUUUUUUUAAACUGCUUGACUGUUAUUCAUUGCUUUUAAAUAAUCAUGUCAUAUUUGAAUUUUUUUUUCUGUUUGUACAUACUGUAAUUAACUACCACAAGAACAUUGCUUGAAUAUGAGACAUUCACACGCCUAACAUUCCCUUCAAUGUCCAUUGUUCCAACCUUAAACAUGUAUCAUAAGAUCCUAUCUCAGCCCUCCACCCUCUGAAAAGGUUGUAAUGUACAUACAUACUGCUAUUCACUGUUAUAUGACCAAUACUUGGAUGUGAGAUGUUCAAACACACACACAAACAACAUUCCCAUGUUGAUUUUUAUCCUUGUUCACUUCUAAUAAUUAUGAUCAUCUUUUCCUGUUUGUGCCCAAGACACAUGGGGCAGAUGAAGUAGAGUUCAUCUGAUUUAGAUACCUCGGCAUAUGAAGGGAUAGGUGGUCAACACUAUGCCCAGCGGCUUUUGCUUUGCCUAACAUGAGUUAAGUACCAUCAGAGCUAGGUGGACUCAGUGACAUUCUACUGACUUGAACCCAGAUUCAAACUCAAGACUUUUGGGUUAGCAGUCUACCGCUAGGCCCAGUCUUUCCAUAAUACUUAUAAUAUUGGGUACAAAUUAAAAGCAAUGUGGAAACAUUAGACCAGUUGUUCUCUCCAUUUUAUUAGGACAGCUGUUAACUUUUUAGACCAUUGUGUUGUUAAUGUUUUUUAUUUUCUUACCAAAUAAUGACAAUUUUUUUGUAUAAUAUCAAGAAAUAUUUUUCCUCAAGCUAGAUCAGAUUCAUUAUCCAAUUAGACCAGCCUGAACAUAAGCUUGAAAGAGCUUUUUGCCUUUGGGGCUUUCCAAAACAAAAUAAUUGUUUGAGUUUUUAAAUGAAUGAUUGAAGUAAUAUUAAAGAAGGCCAGAUUUACCCCAGGCAUAUUGAAUAUGUAGAGAAUGACUGGCAAUUACAUUACAAGUUAGAUAUGAGCCUCGAACUUUUAACGUAAUUGCCAGUAGAUCACCUUUAGUAUAUUGAAGUAAUGAAUUUAGGACCAGAAUAAA